UAACCUGGCACCCAUGUUCUAGGAAGGUCCCAUACCAGGCUCACUUGCCUACAGACCCAGAGACUUUAGGAUGUUCUCUUGUUGUUUUCCCAGGUACCGGGGCUCUGGAUGCCAGAAACCCCAGUGCGCAGGAUUACUCAGAUGUUGGAGAGGUUUCCUUAACCCACGCUGGCGAUGCCUCAGGAUGUUUUCCAGGAGGUCACAUAAGAGCCACAUGCCAGAGAUGGAGGAGAAGCUGAAUGAGAGCCCCUGCUCUACUUCCCUGAAGGAAAGGAGGAAGCCCCAUGCCAUCAGCACGAAGCCGCGCUGGCUCAGGGGUAUGAACAUCUCACCCAUGCCCGACAAUGAGAACCGUGAGGAAGGGACCACCGAAGGAGGCUGGAUGCUACUGGAACAGCGAGUGGAGCACCUGGUACCUGCUUUCCUGGGUGGAGACCCCUCCUACCUCUUCACAUUCUUGAGCACGUACAGAGCUUUUGCUACCACCCAGCAGGUCCUGGAAAUACUGUUUAUGAGAUACGGAUGCUUCCAUUCGGAGGCUGAGGAGGAUGGCGGACCCCGGGAGCAGGAGAAACUGGCCAUCUCCUCCAUCCUGGGCACCUGGAUGGAUCACUACCCCGAGGAAUUUUUCCGCCCUCCAGACUUCACCAGCUUGAAGCUGCUGCGGGCGUACGUAAGGGUCCACAUGCCGGGCUCCGAGCUGCAGCGCCGCGCCCGCCUUCUCUACUCAUGGCGGAAACACCCUUUGGCAGCAGCUCUAGAGCCCCGUCCAGACGUGCCUCGGGAGCGAGCCCCCGCUAUCUCUGUGGUGCCCACUGCAGCCUCGCAGCCCAGGCUGCCGGAAGCCACCAGUUCUCCUGGAGCUCAGCGCGUACGAGAAUCGGAGACCCUCACUGCAGCGACCCCACCAGGGCAUGAGGAAUGGACCAUCGACGGAGGCUGGAUGCUACUGGAACAGCGAGUGGAGCACCUGGUACCUGCUUUCCUGGGUGGAGACCCCUCCUACCUCUUCACAUUCUUGAGCACGUACAGAGCUUUUGCUACCACCCAGCAGGUCCUGGAAAUACUGUUUAUGAGAUACGGAUGCUUCCAUUCGGAGGCUGAGGAGGAUGGCGGACCCCGGGAGCAGGAGAAACUGGCCAUCUCCUCCAUCCUGGGCACCUGGAUGGAUCACUACCCCGAGGAAUUUUUCCGCCCUCCAGACUUCACCAGCUUGAAGCUGCUGCGGGCGUACGUAAGGGUCCACAUGCCGGGCUCCGAGCUGCAGCGCCGCGCCCGCCUUCUCUACUCAUGGCGGAAACACUGUGAGCCCAAUGAGCCCGAGUCUCUGGGCGAGGAGGACUCUGGGUGGGAGAUGUGGGCGUGUGGAGGGGACGGGGUAUGCCACAGAGAACGUGUUUCCUGA